CACCCGUACUCGCGGCCACACGUCCACAAGCACUGGAGACACCAUGAACCUCUCUCUAUACUGGGCUGUUUUGUUCGUCGUGGUUGCCAUCCACACUGCAAACACGGCACCACGAAAGCAUGAAAACGUUUCGUAUAUGUCGCUCGUGAGGAAACGUCGCCAGGGGAAUCACACUGUCUCAGGCGGGAUCUCGGGAAGCCCUAGGGGGAAACCGGCAAUAAACUUUCAAUAUGACUACAACCCAAAUGACAACCUGAAGGUGUUUGUUGGUGGGAGUCACACCAUCGGGGGCGGCACGAGCGUUGGUGGUGGCCUGAGGUGGAUUAUUCCCACGAAGAAAGAUCGCAAGAGACCCAAAGAAGAUUGAAAAGGGACGAGGAGGAGGAGAAGAGGGAGAGACGGAGAGAAGAGUGAGAGAU